GGCCGCGGAUACUGUUGCCGCACCAACACACCGAACCGUUUUUUCGCUCAGCCUGCAUGCAUGCGUUGCCGCAGAAGAGAGUCCGUUGUCUCGUCGAACACACACAGCAGGCCGUGUGAGCCGUUGCGUUUUUCAAAAUGGCUAACUUUUGCGGACCCGCCGUCGUUUCGUUGCGCGAAGAAGUGUCGUCGUAGUGGCCGAAUACCAAUUAAACGCGUGAGUGUGCGUGUGUGUGGUGGAUUUAAGUGUAAUACUUAUAGUGUAGUAGUGUGUGUGUCCCAGGUGUGUUUGUUGCGGGCCAAACGAGCAGCAGCAUCAGCAGUGUGGAUCCUUUCCGGACGGAUGUAGUGAAUGUGACCGUCGGCUGUUGAGUGAUUCUUAAAUAAGAGAAAAGUGAAUGAAAUACUACUCUUACAACUAAACAACCACAAAAAACGCGUGUGAACGUUAACAGUGCGUGUGUCCGUUUUGUGUGUGUGUGUAAUGUUACUAGAGUGCGGUGUAUUAAGUGAGAUGUAAAAGAAACCUUCGUGGGUAUGUUACAAAACAAGUGUAAAACAAACGCAGUUUUAUCAAGAAGAAACACAUUGUGUGAAAACUAAAGGAAAUGCAAACGCAAACAAUAGACGUUUAUUGAACGCGCAUAGAAAAUUGAGAUUGGAUUUUGAACAUUUUCUACUGUCGUCUAUCAUGUGAAUUAGAACAUUGAGCCGUCUGCUGUAUUUUCAACGACACGCCAGCCAAGAGCAACAUCACUCCACAGAACAACGAGGAUUGUUUCGGUUCAGAAAACGUUGGCAUGUCCUGUCUUGCGUGCGGUGCAGAGGCAGCAAUUUCGAACAAUGGAGACGUAGCUGAUACAACACCAUCACGAUCAACGAUCUCCACAGCGUCGCCUCUCAAGAAAGCCAAUUAAAGAACUCAACUCAGGCUGAGGCUGAAGCUUCUCAGUUUUCCUUCCCGCGCCGGACAAUGCAAACUAAUGGGUCGAAGUUCCUGGACCGCGUUAACGUCAAGCUCGUCGGUGGUGGCCCAUCGUCAGUCGCAUUGUGGUGCCAGCUUCCGCGGCAACAGCAGGAACAGCAGGAACCGCGGGCGACUAGUGGACACUAAGGUGGAGGCAUAGGGAACGAGCGAAGAAGGGAGGACCUAGCGUGUUGUUGUGCUAAUCACGACGUGCUAACGAGAGACGCUAACACAGCAGCAAACGCAAGGGGAGCCAGGACCACCGAAUCCAACAAUUGCGCACCACACUUUCCCGUCGGAAUCCGGUUCGAUUCGGCACCAGGAAAUUGUCCCAACACGGUCCCAUACACCUUAACAACUUCACACAGCUGGCGGACCACCACCAAACCCUGGACGUCGAUCCGCGAACCAUUCCCGGCCCGUUGAAUGCAGAGCGUGCAGGUGCGGGUGCAAGGAGGACGAGCAGCAGCAACACCGGCGGCACGUCGUCCACGAUCGCUCACCGCGCCCAGCCGUCGUCUCGCCCGGUACCACCGGAAGGAGGAGAUCGCCAUCUCUCGCCGUCCAGCCGGUGCCGCCGUGGUCGUCGCGCGUGAUCCCCGCUCGAUUCAUCGCCACCGUCGUCAUUUCGGGGUAAUAUGGCCACACCGCCAACCGAAGGAGAAAUCAGAGUGGGUCCCGGCCAUCAGGUAAACGAUAUCUAUGCAACAUUACCAGACUAUCAACCGAUCGAGAACUACCGCUCCGAGGACGAUGAAGAUCGCGACCUAGAGGAUCCGAGAUGGACACCCGGACUGUACAUUGAUAAUGAUUUGUUGAUGUACCUGACCGCCGCUCGUUCAAUAUCCGCCUUUCAGGGUAUGUGCGAGGAAGAUGGUUGUAUGGCAGCUAGUCGUGACGAUACAACUAUAAAUGCAUUUGACGUUCUACACGACUCAGGAUACGACGCCGGAAAGGCCCUAGAAGCACUGCUAAAGUGUCCCGUUACGAAGGGAAUCGAGAAAAAGUGGACGGAGGAGGAAACGAAACGCUUCAUCAAGGGUUUGCGUCAGUUUGGGAAGAAUUUUUUUCGCAUCCACAAAGAUCUAUUACCACAUCGGCCUACGCCGGAAUUGGUAGAGUUUUACUAUCUCUGGAAGAAGACGCCGGGAGCGAACCAGAACCGGCCCCACCGCAGACGACGGGCGAGCUCGCUCAGACGACGCAACACACGGACGAACAGUAAUGCGAGUGGCACCCCGCCGAAUAGCAGCGGUAGCAGCAGCAGUAGCAGCAACAGCAACAGCAAGAAGGAACAGACCCCCGAGCGCACCGUGACAGACACCGGCUCGUCCCGACCGUCGCCGAUCGGCAAGGAGGAGAACAGCUCCGUGACCGAGGACGACGUGAGCGAGUGUGACAGCGAUUCGAGCGCCAACAAGGCGACCGCGGCUGCGGCGGCUGCAGCGACAGCCACCGCCAACGGUGUUACGGCCGGCGUUGGAGGCGGCGGCGGCGGCGGCAGCAACAGCAGCAUCAGCAGUAGCAGCAGCAGCAGCAGUAGCAGUAGUAGCAGCAGCAGCAGCAGCAGUAGCAGCAGCAGCAGUAGUAGUAGCAGCAGUAGUAGCAGCGGAGGCGGCGGCGGCGGCGGCGGCGGCAGCAGUAACGGCGGUAACGGCGGCGUCGGCGGUUCCGUCGGCGUCGGAGACUUUACGACGACGGCCAGCAGCGGCGGCGUUGGCGGGGGCACGGUCACCGGCGAGGAAUCUCCGUCGAGGAUGCGGACCCGCCAAAAGCCAACCAAGGAAACGAAUGCUACCAAUGCGAAGCGACCAAAGCGUGGCGGUACGGAGACCCCGGAACAGCAAACGGCAACCGGCACUUCCGGCACCGCCGGUGGAGGAGGUACAGCGGGUAGCAGCGGAAACGGGGCGACGGGCAGUUUGGACAGUCCAAAGACGCCAAGCAAAACGACGACGGGAAGCAGCAGUGGUAGUAGCGGUGGCGGCAGCAAUAACAACAGUACCACUACCGGCAGUUCUUCGAGCGCCGGUGGAACAACGGUGGAUGGCGUUGGCGGCAAGCACAGUUCACAAUCCGGCAGCAAGGGCAAGGGAUCAUCCUCUUCGUCCUCCGGGCCGGGCAAGACAGAGACAACGCCCAGCAAGGGUAAGAAGCGAUCGAAUGAGCUCGAGGUCGAUGGAAACGAUGAGAAGGAUGGACAGAAGCGAAAGCGCUCCGACAGUCCGGCGGAAAGUCUCACCACGGACAGUCGGCCCGGUUCCGUGCUGGAUGAGAUGGAAUCGGUUAGCGAAGCGGCGACCGAAACGAGCGUGGGCACCAGAACUACCGGCACUCCGACACCGGUCGGACACGACCGGUUGCAGGGUUCGAAUGCUGCUGCCGCUGCUGGAAACGGUCCGGGAGGACCUGAUGGAAGUGCCACAAACCCGAAGGACGACGACAAAGAUCCGCUCUCUCUCGGGCCACCGCUUGCCGCGGAACCGAUGGUUACGGAAUCGAACGAAAACAGUAGUAGCAGCAAUACGACCACGUCGACCGUUGCGAAAUCUUCGUCCGGCGGAUCGGAGGAUAAGGAUGACGACUCGAAUGCGGGUGCUACGGGAGCAGUUGUUGCGUCGGCGGUAGCAACGGUUCCAACGGCAGCAGACACAGCCAAGCUGCCCGAAACCGAAGAUAUAUCACCACCGUCGACCGCGGCCACAACGCCCGUUGCAACGCCGGCUCCACCGUCGACAGGAGCUCCAUUGUCCGGUGCGGAUGGUAGCUGUGAAGCGCAGCAGGGUCCACCGUCGGCCGAUGAGCCAGCGACUGCAAACGGAACGAGUACGGCGGCGGCUACUGGUGCUGGCGUAGAAGGCAAGCCGUGUGUCAAUUCUCUCGGUGCAGCUGCGUCAAGCGAUCAAGAAAUGGCGUCAAAGUUGGCAAACAUGAAGCAAGAAUCAUCUUCUACUGGGUCGUCAGGUGGAGCUGGUGCUCAACCCGGUUCCGCUGCCUCGGUCGACUUCAACUCCAAAGAUGUGUUCAUCAAGAAGGAACCGAACGAGGAUCCUACGGCAGCAGGCGCCGCUGCCGCAGCUUCUGCGGCUGGUGGAGAUCAGUCUGCUUCGGGUAAUAGUGGGGCUGUACCAAGCUCCGGUGUUGCUAGUGAGCCGCAGGAUUUGAAGCUAAAAAUCGAGGUAAAGUCGGAAGCGAAGUUAAUGCCAGGAGGAGGUGGCAACGAUUCGUCAAAUCAAGGUACCGGGCCGGAUAUGAAGUACGACCCGGAGAAUUUGGUGAUGAAACCCUACGAAAGUCACAUCAAAUAUGGCGGACAUCCUGGGGAGGAUGGCAUGAAGUAUAGCGAACACAAGUAUGGACCGCUACCCCCGCAUCAGCAACCUCCCGGUCCGGGUGAACCUCCGGGACUGAAGUAUGGUCCUCCGGGUGGUCCUCAGGACGAACCGCUGGAGUACGAUAUGAAACGUUACCCAGCGCACGGUCCUCCACCACCACCGUCUGGACAGGACGGUGGACCACUGCCACUGAAGCUCGGAGGACCACCGGGACCUCCGACAGGUUCUGGAGCACCUGGAGAACCAUCUCCCGCCGGUCCUCCGCAGCAUAUGAAGCUUUCUCAGUACCCGCAAGAUCUGACGAACCUGAACCUUAAGUACCCACCACCGGACGAACGGACAAAGUUCGCUCCGUCGCCCGCUUCGGAUAGUGGAAGUGGUAGUGGUGUUCCUCCACCACCAUCAGGUAUUGGAGGCCCGCUGCCUCUUAUCCCCAAGAGUCAUUACCCCGACCCGGCACAGUUGAGCAUGCUACGGCAACACUACGAGCAUACGUUCAAGUACGACCCCAUGGCGGCGGUAAAAUACGGUCCACCGGGAAUGCCUCCGUUCGGGGCACCGCCUGGCCAACCAGGACAUCACCAUCCACACCAUCCGCUGGCCGGUGCGUUGCCGGGACAGCCACAGUCACAACCCCAAGAUCUGAAGUACCUUCCACCGGAGGCCGCAGCAGCUGGCAUGGGCCCGCUUAAGUAUCCUCCCUCAUCCUUAGCGAGCGACACACCGACACCACUGAAGAACAACAGCUUCUCAGCGGACAAUCUUCUCAAGAGCAGCUCGUCGAGUAGUGGUGGCAACGAUUCUUCGAAUCCGCUGGACGUUUCUGCUUCGGCACGACAUGCGGUGACUCCCAAUCAGGACAGUCAGGGCAGCAAUAGCAGCUCGCAGCCAACGGCGCUUCAUGGUAGCGGAAGUAGCAUCGCCUCACCUCAAUCGGGAGGACCUCCACCAUCUCUACCACCCCACAGUGCUGGAUCGUAUCCACCACCUCACGGGCCACCACCUCCCGGACAUCCGGGCCAUAUCGUGAACCCUGGACUGAUGCCAACGUUGCUCGGCACAGGUCCGAACUCAUCGCCCGUUCCACCAACAUCGCAACCGGGUGGGGUACAUCCACCUCCAUUGGGUGCCCACCCGCUGGCUCACCCAGGAUCGGCUCCUCCACCACAGCUGCUACCAACACCGCCGGGUUCGAGUCCGUACCAGCCUAGCAAUAUGCAUCGAUCCGCAGGUGGUCCACCACCGUCCUCCGUACCGAGCUCCGUAUCGUUAGCAAUAUCCUCGAGUGGCAGUACGGCGCUGACCUCCACUACCGCAUCCUCCUCCGCUUCUUCCUCCUCAACGUCGGUAACGUCACAUUCGCCGGCACCGAUGAGACCCUCCUCCGACAACGGCCCGCUGGGUCUGCAACCAUUGUCUCACCAUCAUCGCUCGGACCGCGAUCGGGAACCACCGCGACCCGGUGCCAACGAUAUGCCUCCUACCCGUGCUUCCCCGAUCAACUCGCUGCUGCAAGGAGUUCCACCUCCGCACGGCAUUCUGUCGCAUCCACUCCCGCUGCAUCUUGGACAUCCGGGCAUGCAACUACCUCCACACCAUCCAGCAGCACAUUUGGCCGGUCCGCUAGGACACGCCGGACUAUUACCACCUUCCCUGGCGGCACACGGCGCGGGAAUACCUCUGCUCGGCGGUCCGACGCCUUCCGCGCUCGGAAGCCUGAUGGAGGUCGCGGGUGCCGGACGUCGAUCGCCCUCGUCCGGCCCAGGACCUCACUCACACCUGCCACCAACGUCAAUGCAUCAGUCAGUCAGCGCUCUGGCGCAAUCCCCGUCCACUCCGACGGGAGCAGGCGGCGGACCCCCGUCGUCGUCUUCUGCGUUGAGCCGGGCCAGUCCAAACGUGCCUCCCGGUGGUCCAGGAACGCCCGGAGGGUACCCCGGCCCGGGAGGACAUCACCAUCGAUCCAGCUCACCUGCCAACUCAACCAGCUCGGGUCUGAGCCGCGCCAGUCCUAUGCAUCUCAGCCAUCAUCCCUCAACGCCGGGUGCUGGCAGUGCGGGCGGAGGCCAAGGUUCUGCGGCAGCUGCUGCAGCUGCGGCGGCCGCAUCAGCCGAACGCGACCGGCAGAUCAUGCGACAACAGAGCCCCCACAUGACACCGCCUCCACCAUCCUCUUCCGCGCCGUCUGCCGCACUGAUCUCAAGCCCGUUGAGCAAGAUGUACGGAGGUCCGUCGGGUCAGCGGUCACCGCCUCCAUCUCAUCCUUUCCGACCGGGUGCCUCGCCACCGGUUAUACGACACCCCCAGAUGCCUCUACCUCUACCAAUGACGGGCCCGAUGGCGGGUAUUCCCGGGUCGGUGAUGCACGCCUCGCAACCCUACCCGUUGAUGCAUCCGUCACUGUUCAACCCUCACCAUCACAAUCCAUUCUACGCGCCGUACCCGUACGGGCCGGCCUACGGGCCCGGCUUUUCGUACAUGAAACCCGGUGGCUCACCGCUCGAUAAUCCGAUGCUGCACGGGCACCCGACGGCGAUACCUCCGCCCCGGCCAGAAGAUGCACCCGGUGCCGGUGGUCCAGGAGGCGGUAUUCACGGGAAUGCUGGCGAGAAGUCGAAAUCCUCCAGCGGUGGCAGCAAAUCGCAGCAGCCACAAACCUCAUCCUCCUCCACGUCGUCCGUGUCUUCGCUGUCCGGAUCGGGUGGAAACGAUCGAUCAAAGCAAUCGUCCUCAUCGGGUGGAAACGGAGGUCCUGGCAGUGGCCAUUCGAGCUCGUCCAACCAAAGCAAUUCAUCGGCUGGCGGACCGCCCGGUGGACCCGGUCGGGGAGGACCUUCGCCUAGUGGUGGUAGUGGUGCUGGUCCUGGGAUGGUUGGCAUGCCGGGAGGUCCUCCCGGCGGGCAUCCGCUCAGUGGGAGUCCGUUCCAUCCGGCAGGUCCACCCCACCACCACUCACCGUACGGUCCCCCGCAGCCACACAAUCCGUUCAUCGAGAACCAGCUGCCACCGGUCGGUGGUGGCAAACCGACCAGCCACAUGGAUGCCCUUCGAGCCCAUGCUCAUGCGGCAGCUGGUGGAGGCUUAGGUCCUCCGCCCGGACAUCAUCCGCACCAUCACCCGGGCCAUGGCCCACCGCCACCGCCCGGACAUCAUUCGGCGCAUCCGAACGAACCGGUGCACAUCGAAACGCUCGACAUCGAUCCGGACCCGGAACCGCCGUCCCCUGUCCAUGACAUGAACCGUGGCCCCAGUCCCGAAGCGAAGCCGGAUGAUACCGAGUGCCAUCGAUCUCAGUCGGCUAUCUUCGUACGACGCUGCGACCGAGGUGACUACAACUCAUGCACACGCACCGAUCUCGAAUUCAAACCAACGCCCGACUCGAAGCUUGCCCGCAAACGCGAGGAGCGCGAUCGGAAGCUGGCCGAAAAGGAGCGGGAACGAAAGGCGCAGCAAGCGGCCCAGGCGCAACAUCAGCACCAGCAGCAGCAGCAGCAGCAGCAACAAUCGCACCAUCCCUCGAUGCAACCGCACCCCCAUCAACCUCCCCCAUCGCAUCCGCACCAUCCGCAGCAUCCGAGCGUGGCGGCGCAUCAGCAGGCGGUGGCCGCUGCUCAAGCCCAACAUCAGGCGGCUGCUGCUUCGGCGGCAGCAGCAGCGGCUGCAGCUCAGCAACAUCACCACCAGCAGCAGCAGGCCCAGCAGCAAGCACAACACCAAGCACAGCAGCAAGCGCAACAGCAAGCGCAGCAGCAGCAGCAGCAGCAGCAGCAGGCAGGCAAGCCGGGUAGUGCGGGUUCUGGCUCUGGUGGUUCGGGUCCGGGUGGGCCACCGGGUCCACCACCUCCUGGUCACCACCCAGGCCAUCCAUCGCCCGGGCAGCAGUCGAUGAAACCGGACAUCAAACCAUAUCCGGACACACCGGCCUUAAGGCAGCUGUCAGAAUACGCACGACCCCAUGUUGGAUUUAGUCCUGUGGAGACGAUGGUUCCGCCACCAUACCAUCCACUGUACAAUAGAGAAAGGGACAUCUUUUUUAGGGAAUUUGAGGACCUGAAAAACCAGCCCGGCAUGGGACCAUCCCGUCUGGACCCGCACUGGAUGGAGUACUAUCGCAUGAGAGGAAUGCAUCCGUCACAGUUUCCCGGGCUUUACGGCAAUCCGGCGGCCAUCGCACAGCUGGAAAGGGAACGAAUAGGCUUGCCACCGCAUCCUGUUGGGCUGGAUCCAUCCGAUCCGAUGUUGCGCUUGGCUGGCGAAUAUCAUGCACACUCCCAUACGCACUUGCACUUGCAUUCGCAACAGCAGCAAGACUCGGCAGCAGCGGCGGCGGCGGCAGCGGCAGCGGCGGCAGCAGGUUUCCAUCUACCACCCAACGUUCCUCCCUAUCCACGGCCGAAUGUUUUAAUGCCGCGGGAUCCACAUUCGGAGGUACUUUUGCGUAUGUCCUAUGAUCCACUGCAGGCCGCUGAAUUCCAACGACAAAGUGCAUUAGAUCGGGCCCAAUCGCUGCAUGAGCAGUACAUGAGGCAACACGAACGCGAGAUGAAGGUGCGUGCAUUGGAAGAGGCAGCACGGGGCGGUAAACAUUAGGGCGAUGCAAUCCUUUUCCACCCCCUAUCUACCUACCAACCAAUCAGUUAAGCUGUGUCAUACGCCUGUCUGACACUUGGCCACCACCAACGACAACACCACUGGUACCUUGUUUGGCAGUUUGCUGAAGCUGCUCACAAACUACCUACUACUACCACUACAUCUCCCUUCCUGAUUUCUUCCCAAUUUGACCAAAAAACAAACAAACAAACAAAACGUUUAAGCAACAGUUAGCUUGCACACAAAAACCUACUAUACAUAUUCAUCUAUAUAAAUAUAUAUAUAUAGUGGAUAAAAGUAUGUAUUCGUUCGAGGUAACGAUAAGCGGAUGGAUGCGUGUGCUGUGUAUUAUAUAGGAGGAAGCAGAGGAUCAGCCCCACACAGCUAGGUUUGAUCGGACGACGUCAGGUCGAGCCGGUAAUUACGCUAGGACAACACUCAAAACUUUUAGUCGGUUCUUUUCUCUCUUUAAUUAGAUUUUAUGUGCUAACGUCGUUUAUUAUUAUGUCAGCGUACAAAAGCUAGCCAACUUCCCUUCUCUCCUCUAGUUUGAUUCCGAUUUGCCACCCCCGGGGGGCAACGAACGGACUGCAUGGACAAGACUCUUUUGACGAUUUGUAAAUAUUUAAACAAAUAUACAUACAUAAAGGUUUAUAGGUUCGCAUUUUGAGGUAACUAUAUAUACCAAUUUUAUCGAUUUAGAUCUUAGGUGACCGAAAAGCUCCUCCUCCUAGCUAAGUGAAGUGUGUGAGCUCGCUUCAUUUCAAUUUUUCUUUCCGUUAAAUAGGAAACACACACACACACACUCAGUUCGUUACACGCGGUUAGGCAGAAAAAAUACUUUACUAUUUUAAGUUGCAUAAUUUAAACACUAGUUUCGAGGAUGACGUGCGCCCAUGCAAUGCACACAACAACAACUGCUCAGAGCGUUUUAUCUGCCAUUUGAUAAUUUGAAGAGGGGGAGGGGGGGGGGGGGGGCUAGAAAACCAUUAUUCCUCCCACAGGAAAGGAAAUGUUGUUGGCUGUCCUUGUUUCCUGCUUGUGUUUCGGUUCCGACACAAGGCGACAGGGGAAUGGAACUUAGCUGAUGUACAGCAACAACAGUGAACAAAGCGAUAAGGAAAUAGCACUGCAGCAAACAUGUAAAAAGAAAAUGCGAUACAAACAACAACAACAACAACAACAAUAUUAGCAUGUAAGUAGAAAACCGACGGCAUAUAUAUAUAUAUUAUAUAUUUUAUAUUUAUGAUGAAACGCGGAGUUGAAAAGGAUAAUAUUAUACACCUUAAGAUAGUGUGUGUGUGAGGAGACACAGAACAUGAUAAAAGGAAACCAACCAACUGGGUUCACCGCUCGGGAUCGGAUGAACAAUCUAGCUGAACGACGAACGCGCACAUACACACCUUUAGCGUUUUAUUCGCCCUCCUUACCUUAACCGUGUGUGUGUGUGUGUGUAUUCGGACACUUCAUUUAGAGAGUUAGUGACGUUAUUGCACGGGUAGUUGAACAAAUAACACACACACACACACACACACAUACAACAAUACAGGAGGAAACUUGAAGCGGGAAACAAACGCAUUUAAUCAAAACAGAACCCCCCCUCCCCCCACCCCCCUAACGCGGUACGGUUUUGUUGUACAGCGAUGGCGAAGGAGCCCUAUUUAAGCGUAGCGUUAGUAUCUCUCGAUAAUAGGCAGGAGCUCAAGUGGGGCGAUGCAAGUCAAAACCUCUUUCCAUUUCCCCUCACAAACGGAUCGGCGGCUGCACAAGUGUUGGUGGGGGGGGGGGGGGGGGAAGGGGAAUCAUCAUUUCGGGUUAGAAGCCGCGGGCCCAAGAAGGAUGGUGAAAUGUGUGCAGAUUUUUGAACCCAUUUCUAAGUGUCUAUAUAUUUAUGGAAAAAACAAGCAAGCAAGCAAGCAAGCAAACCCGAUGAAAAGCUAAUGCUGUCGAUCUAUCAUCAUAUACAUUAGAUAUAUCUAUAUAUGCUGAACCCCGAGGGGGGGUAGGGGGGGAAGGUGGAAACCAUAGAUCAGUGUGUUUGUGUGUGCUUGCGUUGCGUGCACGUGCAACAAAUGAAUGAAAGGAGAAGCAUGCGCGAGAAUGAUUAGACUGACCUGUUGUGUUGUAUGGAGAUGAAGCGCAUUAGCCAGACUGUAGGGGCAGAAGAAUAAGGUUAAGUCCCCUUUUCUCCCUCCUCACCCGCACACCCGCCUCCCGUAUGCGUAAGUCAAUCGAUCGGGUGUGAUUAUUUGCAUCGGUUAGUUUAGUUUUUAGAACAUCUCUUUAGUGAACAAAACCUCUCUAACAACGUCCAUACGUUCGUUGCUUAGUUCGUCCAUGUCACACCACGUGUGCGUGCGACUCUUUGGUUUUUAGUGCUGAGGUUUUAGUUGCAUUCGGUUAUGUGCUGGAAUGCAACAAAAAAUGGAGGGUUUUGUUUUCCGUUUUUCUAAAGUAGACAAAUUACCACGCCAAACCGCUCCGUAUGUAAAAUAUUGUCUUAGUUGCUAUACCCCUUCCUUCUAACACGGUUUUACAAUUAAGGGGCGAAGAGAUGGCAGAAGGCAGGUGUUUGGGAAUGGAAUGAGCUACCAAACUCUCGCACGCGACCAUCGUGCGUGGGUACGCGGUACAAUCGGCAACAUGUGUAUAUUUAUACUAGUGAAAUACGAUGGAUUUGAAUGAAACGAAGCCUCUCCACAUUUGCGUUUGCCGCCUCUGGCGUCCGAUCGUGUUCGGGUUGUGUGUGUGCGAUCGUGUGCGACGAAUGAUCAAGAGUGGCGAUCGCGCGAAACAUGGUGCCGCUGUGCAGGGGUGUCGAAUGUUUUAAACAACGCCCGGUCACCGUCGUCGAUUUUUGUUUCGUCGAACAAAAUUUAACCUAAGCAGCAAAAGCUUGUGUGUACAGGAAGCCCCAUAGGCAAGAGUAUCUAUUUAAACGCUCUUAAACCACAACACAACCCACGUCUCGAGGGGUGAAACAAAGUUUAACAUUAAAAAAAAGGAAACAAACACACACACACACACCCCCCUCAUACACCCGUUCGCGCACGCAGAACAGCACGCAAACAAUGGGGCAGAACAAACAACAAACAAAUUAAAUAUAGUAUUGAGAGUAAAAUUGCGUACGGGAGGUGACACAGAUUUGAAUAAAAUGUAAUAUCGGCGAACCAAGCGAUCGAUAAGCGAGCGAAACCUUGUUGCGCAAAGUGAGAAGAAACGCACGGCGGUGUAUCAACCGCAUUGUACGCAAGAAGGGAAGCGUGCGUGCGCGCAAGAGAAGAUAAAACAAGGCGAAUGUAAUAAUUGAACACAAGAUUGUAGAUGUAGCAACUUAAGUGCGACCCGUAGGAUCUGUCACAGUGAGCACAACACACCACGCACAGACACACACACACACACACAUACAACACAACAUGUACGUGGUGGCGCUAUACUUGUGUGGCAGCGAGUGGGUUGAGAAAGAGCAAGCAGCUAGUGAUGAUAAAAAAUAUACGAAUAUUGAAAAAAAUAUAUAUAUGAAAAUUGAAAA